AUGGCCUACAAAGAAAGCGAAAUGGCGACAACUGUCGAGCAUGAGGAGACGAAAUCGAACUUGGAUGCUACAAACACCGACGAUGGCAACGAGAAGAAGGACCCCUACAUGACUGCUCCUGGGAUUCAAAUGGAUGCUGCCACUGAUCGACGACUUUUCUGGAUGAUCACACGUCGUGUCCUUGUCAUCCAGGUCAUCACCUACUUCUGUCAAUCUUUAGACAAAGGCAUCUUGAACUAUGCAUCCAUCAUGGGUAUCAAAGACGAUGCCCACCUCGUGGGCCAACAAUAUUCAUGGUUAGGGACCAUCCUAUACAUUGGCAUCCUCUGUGGGGAAUAUCCCCAAAACUUGCUUCUGCAGAAGUUCCCCGUGGCGAAGAUACUCACUAUCAAUAUUUUCAUUUGGGGAGCUGUUGUGGCAUGCUCAGCGGCAUCAACGAACUUUGCGUCUCUCAUGGCUGUCCGCUUUUUGCUAGGAUUCUUUGAGAGCUGUGUUCAGCCAGCAAUGAUGCUAGUGACGGGAAUGUGGUAUAAGAGAGAAGAACAAUCUGUCUUGAACUCGAUUUGGUAUUGUAUGAGUGGAGUGCAGCUAAUUAUCGGAGGCCUUCUAGGCUUUGGCGUCUCCCAUUUCACGAACGGCCCAAUCAAAAAUUGGCAACUUCUGUUUCUGGUGCUCGGUCUCUUUACGUGCCUCUGGUCGGUCGUUGUCGGCAUUUUCCUUCCAGAUAGUCCUCUCUCUGCCAAAUGCUUUUCCGAGGAUGACAAACGUCUGAUGGUUGAACGAGUUCGACACAACGAGACGGGCAUUGAGAAUAAAGAGUAUAAGAAAUACCAGGUGGUCGAAGCCCUCAAAGAUCCCCUAGUUUGGUGCUGUGUCAUGCUCAUUCUGGUUGCUAACUUGGUUAUUGGUGGCCUUGGAGUAUUUUCUAAUCUCAUCAUCCAAAAGUUUGGCUUUACGCUUCUUCAAACACAGCUUCUCAAUAUCGCCCAGGGAGCCUGGAGCAUAAUAGUCAUGAUUGGAUCUGCGUGGGCAUCCCAACGAUUCCAGCAAACGUGCCUUGUGAUGAUAUUAUAUACAAUACCGUCAAUUAUCGGCACAAUUGUCAUCCUGGUCGUUACUCCGACUCCGUCGAACGCAGGGGGGUUGCUGAUCGCGUUCUAUUGCACGCAAUUUUUCCCCGCACAAGGCAACAUGAUCAUCUCCCUUAUCACUCGAAAUAUUGCUGGACAAUCAAAGAAGAGCUUUACUAUGACUCUGCUCUUCAUUGGCUGGUCAGUUGGUAAUCUGAUUGCACCUCAGAUAUUCCGGGAUGAAGACGCUCCCCGCUAUCUGCAUGGCUUCUUGGCACAUAUAAUAAUUUAUGCGGUCUAUAUUGCUAUUGUUGUCUUAAGCCGUCUGAUCAUCAUGGCUAGGAACCGUUCAAAGGAACAGGCGUCAAGUGAAAUAUCUCACGACCUGGCUUUCCAGGACCUUACGGACCGCGAGAACCCAAAUUUCCGUUAUGUCUACUAG